AUGCUCUCCACCGCCGGCCUUGGGCCACUAUGCAUGCAAAGCAGCGAGUUUGAGACAGAGCAGCAGCAGCAGCAGCAGCAGCAGCAGCAGCCGCGGCAGCAGCAGCAGCAACCUCAGAGCGGAUCGCAGCAGCUGCAGCUGAAGCAGCAGCAACCGCGGCUGCAGCAACAGCAGGCACAGCAGCAGCGUCGAGGGAGGCAAGAAGGGAAGCAACCACAAGAGCCGCUGCCGCAGCAGCAGCAGCAGCAGCAGCAGAAGCAACAGCAGCAGCAACAGCAGCAACAGGAGCACAUGCUAGCCAUGAGCGCUGGAGCAGUAACGCUUCGAGGUCAUGAAUACGUCUCGCCGCAGCUGCUGCAGCCGCAGCAGCAGAAGCAGAAGCAGCUGCAGCAGCAGCAGCAGCAGCCCGUGCUGCACCAGCAGCAACAUGUGAACGAAGAUAUGCAGGAGCGACAGCGCAGCCCAUUGCGACAGCAGCAUCAACACAGCAGCAGCAGCAACAGCAACAGCAGCAACAACAGCAGCAGCAGCAGCAGAAACAGCAGCAGCAGCAGCAAAAUAAGAACAAAACAAAACCAAAGAAAACAGCUGCGGCGUGUCUUCACCUGCGCCCUCCUCACCAGCAGCAGCAGCAGCAGCAGCAGCAGCAGCAGCAGCAGCAGCAGCAGCAGCACGCCGCUGCGCCACAUAUUCAUCGCGGGUGCGGGGGGCACUAUAAAGGGGUCUUCUUCUGGGGGUGUUGCUGCCGCUUCUUGA